GCCAGAGACACUUUUAUCAGCUCGUCAAUGGAACCCACCAGUUCCCGCGUCGCACAACUCAGAGAAUCUGGGACUUCCUCCUCGCUGCCAGGCAUCUCCUCCGUCGCGAAGUGAUAAGAGCUGUGGCCAUUGACGUGCUUAACACGGACGGAUUAUCAGUGAAUUAGCGACAAUGGAUUUGUCUGAGGAAUAUGAGCCCUUAUCCCAGUCCAUCCUGUGCAGAUCAACGACAGAGUGCUUAUGAUUCAGGAUCGUGAGUCAGUGUGUAGUGAAAAAGUGACACAAAACAACGAAUAUUUAGUAAGAAAAUAGUGAAAUUUAUACAUCAUUGAUUAACCAUUAAAACCUAAUAAUUCAAACAUUAAGGAUUAGUAUCGAACUGGAUCCCAUUGCGAAUCAAGAGGGUGGAGCCAUGUACAUCACGUGUGGAGAUGGGAUCCCUAUUGAGCCGGAAACGGGAUAUGUUCCCAACAACCCCCUGUUCGGGCUGCCGCUCGAUAGUCCUCAGGAGUGUCCGUCGGCAUCCUGCAUCGGCUGCUCGAGCUGCCAGUGCCAGGUCUCGACGCUGUCCAUUGCUGAGCUCCACGAAGACGCCAGAGGAUCGGAUUUCGAUUGCGGAAGUUGUCUCGACCACAACACCAUUCUCAGUUUACCGCCAAAUACCAACUCUCACCAUCAAGGAUCGUCUGGAAGCUACUGGAGUGAAGAUAUGGGAUCAUUUCCAGGCCUUCCGCCUCUCGAGUUGGAUCCCUUGCCCAGUCUCUUCCCGUUUUCCCCCUGCGGCGCUUCCUACAGCCGAAAUGAGCGUCCGACGCACGACAUGGCCGAUGUGCUGCUGUCCCUCAAGCACGCCGUCCUGAAGCCCAGCCCCGAGCCGCAGCCGCAUCAAUCCAUGUCCCAGAGCUUCGGACCUCCGCAGGCGUCGCUCUCCUACACUGUCCAUCCGCCCGUGCAGACGCCCACGUCGGCGGCGGCCAACUACGGCUCCAGCGGCUACUACGAGUCCGCCCACGCGCCCGCCAUGUAUCCCAGCAUGAGUGUCAACGUCAGCAUGAACAUGACAAUGCACGGAUACGGAAGCGACGCCUCGGCGUGCUCUCAGUGGCCGCCGCAGUCGUCAGCGUCCGCCGUGAACGUCCUCUAUCCGCCCCUCCUGAGUCCCAGCCACUAUCCCGCCGGCACCACGUACUCCUUCACCGCCGACUUCCGGCCGCCGCCCACGGGGCCGUCGGCGCAGACAAUGACCUCUCUCGAGGCUCCAGCACAACCGCCGCAGCGCCCAUCGUGCUACGCCGCCGGCGCCUACUCGCCCGUCCAGAAGCCCAACCCGAUGUGCGGCGUGACGAAGCUGCGACAGGUGCGCUCCCUGGGCAUCGGGUACGACGAGGAGGACAGCGGCGACAGCCUGCCGGACGCCAAGCCCAAUCUGUGUCGGCUGUGUGGGAAGACCUACGCCAGACCAAGCACACUCAAGACGCACCUCAGGACACACUCCGGCGAGCGGCCCUACAGGCACAUUUUCAGGUGUCCGGAUUGCAACAAGAGCUUCUCACAGGCAGCCAACCUGACUGCCCACGUGCGCACCCACACGGGCCAGAAGCCCUUCCGCUGUCCCAUUUGCGAUCGCAGAUUCUCCCAGAGCUCCAGCGUCACCACUCACAUGAGAACUCACUCGGGAGAAAGACCCUACAGAUGCCGCGCCUGCAAGAAGGCAUUUUCCGACAGUUCCACCCUCACAAAGCACCUUCGCAUUCACAGCGGAGAGAAGCCGUACCAGUGCAAACUAUGCCUGCUGAGAUUCUCUCAAUCGGGGAACUUGAAUCGCCACAUGCGCGUCCACGGCACGAACGGCAGCCUCAUAACAUGACAGAGGCACAUCGUGGGCGCCAUCAGCAUUGGAUCCCAGACGUCCCUCAGUGCCACAUCGGCCAUCCUGUCGUCCACGGUCGCUCCGCCGACGACGUACCACGAGGACGAG